AUGGAGUCUUUAACGAGCCUGCUUAAAUCACCGCGCAAAUGGACCUCGGCGCAAUUUCGAGCGCUGAAUUUGUCUCAAAGCUACGCAGUUGCUGCUGUUCGCAUUGUCGGCGUGGAAUACUUGCCCGCUGAUGGAGAUGAAGAAUUCGAGCACCUUGCCGCUGACCUCACGGGCCCAUCCGAGCAAGAUCUAGCGGAUUUCGGGCUCAAGCGUUCCAUUUAUCGACGUAAUCCGUUCCAUUUGGUUUUUGUGCGACUCUAUGAAGCAGCGCAGUCCAGGGGCGGUUCAGAGGCCUUCGCGACAAGCCAUAACAUUCCUUUUGGAGAGCAUAAUAGCCCACGCAGCUUGCUUUACGCCCAAGAAUUCCAUUUGAAAUCUAUCCUUAUGGGAUACAGGGUGCUCUCAAAUGCGAAGGUGCCCUGGUGA